CCAGCGCGGCGGAGCAGGAGGGGAGGCUUCGUGAACCGCGCUCGGCACCAGGACUCGCGUGCAAAGCCCAGGCCCGGGCGGCCAGACCAAGAGGAAAGAAGCACAGAAUUCCUCAAUUCCCGGUGUGCCCAUGAGUAAGAGCAAAUGCUCUGUGGGACUAAUGUCUUCCGUGGUGGCCCCGGCUAAGGAACCCAACGCCAUGGGCCCAAAGGAGGUGGAGCUCAUCCUUGUCAAGGAGCAGAACGGAGUGCAGCUCACCAGCUCCACCCUCACCAACCCACGGCAGAGCCCCGUGGAGGCCCAGGAUCGGGAGACCUGGGGCAAGAAGAUCGACUUUCUCCUGUCCGUCAUUGGCUUUGCUGUGGACCUGGCCAACGUCUGGCGGUUCCCCUACCUGUGCUACAAAAACGGCGGGGGUGCCUUCCUGGUCCCCUACCUGCUCUUCAUGGUCAUUGCUGGGAUGCCACUUUUCUACAUGGAGCUGGCCCUCGGCCAGUUCAACAGGGAAGGGGCCGCUGGCGUCUGGAAGAUCUGCCCUGUACUGAAAGGUGUGGGCUUCACGGUCAUCCUCAUCUCGCUGUAUGUCGGCUUCUUCUACAACGUUAUCAUCGCCUGGGCACUGCACUACCUCUUCUCCUCCUUCACCACGGAGCUCCCCUGGAUUCACUGCAACAACUCCUGGAACAGCCCCAACUGCUCGGAUGCCCACUCUGGCGACUCCGGUGGCAACGGCCCGGGCCUCAACGACACUUUUGGGACCACACCUGCUGCCGAGUACUUCGAGCGUGGCGUGCUGCACCUCCACCAGAGCCAUGGCAUCGACGACCUGGGGCCUCCACGGUGGCAGCUCACAGCCUGCCUGGUGCUGGUCAUCGUGCUGCUCUACUUCAGCCUCUGGAAGGGUGUGAAGACCUCGGGGAAGGUGGUGUGGAUCACAGCCACCAUGCCAUACGUGGUCCUCACUGCCCUGCUCCUGCGUGGGGUCACCCUCCCUGGGGCUAUAGACGGCAUCAGAGCGUACCUGAGCGUCGACUUCUACCGGCUCUGCGAGGCGUCUGUUUGGAUCGACGCGGCCACCCAGGUGUGCUUCUCCCUGGGCGUGGGGUUUGGGGUCCUGAUCGCCUUCUCCAGCUACAACAAGUUCACCAACAACUGCUACAGGGACGCGAUAGUCACCACCUCCAUCAACUCCCUGACGAGCUUCUCCUCCGGCUUCGUCGUCUUCUCCUUCCUGGGGUACAUGGCGCAGAAGCACAGCGUGCCCAUCGGGGACGUGGCCAAGGACGGGCCGGGGCUGAUUUUCAUCAUCUACCCGGAGGCCAUCGCCACGCUCCCGCUGUCCUCGGCCUGGGCCGUGGUCUUCUUCAUCAUGCUGCUCACCCUGGGUAUCGACAGCGCUAUGGGCGGUAUGGAGUCGGUGAUCACCGGGCUCAUCGACGAGUUCCAGCUGCUGCAUAGACACCGUGAGCUCUUCACGCUCUUCAUCGUCCUGGCGACCUUCCUUCUCUCCCUGUUCUGUGUCACCAAUGGUGGCAUCUACGUCUUCACGCUCCUGGACCAUUUUGCAGCCGGCACGUCCAUCCUCUUUGGAGUGCUCAUCGAAGCCAUCGGAGUGGCCUGGUUCUACGGCGUCGGGCAGUUCAGCGAUGACAUCCAGCAGAUGACCGGGCAGCGGCCCAGCCUGUACUGGAGGCUGUGCUGGAAGCUGGUCAGCCCCUGCUUCCUCCUGUUCGUGGUCGUGGUCAGCAUCGUGACCUUCAGGCCCCCCCACUACGGAGCCUACAUCUUCCCCGACUGGGCCAACGCGCUGGGCUGGGUCAUCGCCACGUCCUCCAUGGCCAUGGUGCCCAUCUAUGCGGCCUACAAGUUCUGCAGCCUGCCUGGGUCCUUUCGAGAGAAACUGGCCUACGCCAUCGCGCCCGAGAAGGACCGCGAGCUGGUGGACAGAGGGGAGGUGCGCCAGUUCACGCUCCGCCACUGGCUCAAGGUGUAGAGGGAGCAGAGACGAAGACCCGGGAAGUCAUCCCGCAGUGGGAGAGACACGAACAAACCAAGGAAAUCUGAGUUUUAAGAGAAAGGAGGGCAACUUCUACUCUUCAACCUCUACUGAAAACACACAACCAAGCAGAAGACGCUUCUGACUGUUUACACCUUUCCGCGCCGGGAGCACCUCGCGUGUCUUGUGUUGCUGUAAUAAAGACGUAGAUCCGUGCAGUGAGGUCCACCCCAUUCCUGUCCCUGCAGGGCAGAAAAAUGUCUAACUUCAUGCCGUCUGUGUGAGGCUGGCUCCCUCCCUCCCUCUCUGCUCCCGGCUCCCGGCUCCGAGGCUGCCCCAGGGGCACUGUGUUCUCAGGCGGGGAUCACGAUCCUUGUAGACGCACCUGUGCUGAGAAUCCGAGAAUCCCUGUGCUCACAGUAGCUUCCUAGACCAUUUACUUUGCCCACAUUAAAAAGCCAAGUGUUCCGCUUGGUUUAGCUGUGCAGAAGGUGAAAUGGAGGAAACCACGGAUUCACACCAAGUCCUUUCCUGACGCGUGGCUCCCAGCAGAGGCUGGAAACUGAGCGUUCAGUUGAUACGUCGCAGUCUGUUCAGAGGCAUUGGAGGACAGGGGUCCUGGUACGUCUCACCAGGAAAUUCUGUUUAUGUUCUUGUAGCAGAGAGAAAUAAAACUCCUUGAAACCAGCUCAGGCUACUUCCACUCGGGCAGCCUGUGGGUCCUUUCGGUGUAGGGAAAGCCCUGGCAGGAGCAUGUCCUAUUCCCGGACGCAUGCAGGACCCCACAGGAGUGUGUCCUAUUCCCAGAUGCAUGCAGGGCCCCCGCAGGAGCAUGUACUACCCCCGGAUGCAUGCAGGGCCCCACAGCUGUGUGUCCUAUUCCCGGAUGCAUGCAGGGCCCCACAGGAGCGUGUCCUAUUCCCGGACACAUGCAGGACCCCACAGGAGCAUGUCCUACCCCCAGAUGCAUGCAGGGCCCCACAGCUGUGUGUCCUAUCCCCAGAUGCAUGCAGGGCCCCACAGGAGUGUGUCCUAUUCCCGGACGCAUGCAGGACCCCACAGGAGAGUGUCCUAUCCCCGGACGCAUGCAGGGCCCCACAGGAACGUGUACUACCCCAGGACGCAUGCAGGACCCCACAGAAGAGUGUCCUAUCCCCGGACGCAUGCAGGGCCCCACAGGAGCUUAUACUACCCCAGGAUGCAUGCAGAGCCCCCAUGCAGGCAGCCUGCAGACCACACUCUGCCUGGCCUUGAGCCAUGACCUCCCGGAAGAGACCCCACUGGAAUUUUAUUUCUCUCAGGUGCAUGUCACAUCAGUAACAACAGUUUCUAUGUUUGGGAAUGGCUUUUUAAAAUCAUAUUUACCUGUGAAUCAAAACAAAUUCAAGAAUGCAGUAUCUGCAAACCUGCCUGCUGAUACUGCAGUUUUUGUUUACAAGAAUAAUUAGCAAUACUGAGUGAAGGAUGUUGGCCAAAAGCUGCUUUCCACGGCACGCUGCCCUCUGCCACUGACAGGAAGGUGGAUGCCAUAGUUUGAAUUCGUGCCUCGAGUCGGUGGGCCUGCCUGCGUGUUGCCCAAGGGCAGGGUCCGUGCAGGGCCAGUCAUGGCUGUUCUCUGCAAGUGGACGUGGGCUCCAGGGGCUGGAGUGUGAUGCUCAGUGGGAGCCGUCAGCCUGUGAAGUGCCAGGCGGCUGCAUUUAGCACAGAGGACGGCUUCCCCAUCGCCUUCUGGGGAGGGACACAGACGGCGGCUUCCCCAUCGCCUUCUGGCCGCUGCAGUCAGCACAGAGAGCGGCUUCCCCAUCGCCUCCUGGGGAGGGGCUCCGUGUAGCGACCCAGGUGUUGUCCGUGUCUGUCGACCUCUCUCUAGUCAGCAUCGUGUGGGUCCCUAAGCACAAUAAAAGACGUCCACAAUGGAAAAACUGC